AGUACAAGCACUAUAUAAAUAGUAGUUUCUUCGUGUUGGUCGUACUAACCUACAACUACCUGCUACUAUAAUAAAUAACGACCAAAUAUAAGCAGUGUUGGUCGUAACCUAGUACUGCUGCAACGAGGAUAACGUCGAGCAACCAGAUAGUGCCAUCAAAGAUGAAAAAAAUUGUGUGCGACCACUGUGGCCGCCAGCACAGGUGGUCUCGCAAGAAAGGCUCGCUACAACCUCAGAGGUUCUGCCAGUUUUCUCGAAAAUCAGGUUUCUUGCCCCAGCUGUGGCGGCUCUGCUCAGAAGCCCGCCUAAGAAGCACCCAUAAGCAGUACUUCUUCAAUUAAUCAGAACGCUGGUGCUGAUCAUGCCGAUUCACCGAAGAGCAGUACUUCUUCAACUGUCUC